AGAGUGCACACAACGAACCCCAAUAAAGAGGAUCCUGUUACUUCCGUUGGAAACUUUACGUUGGAUAGAUUUAGUUUGACAAAAACAAUAAAGACAAAAUGUUUAAAUGCCAGUGUAUUGGACAACAGCAUUUUGGAGUUUGGAAAAGUAUAUUUCCUAAACAUAACGAUGUUCCGUGGUUAUGAAAAUCUCGUCCAAUAUAAAGAGAACCAAAGGACAUUGGCAAUAACCAUCACGGAUGAAGAUACAGUUUCGAUCGGGUUUUCAAAGACAUCUCUAACUGUGUCAGAGAGCGAUGGUAAUGCGACAGUGUGUAUGAACAGACAAGGUGAAGCCAGGGACCUAGGGGGAGGAGGAGUCCCCUUGGAAGCACUAAGCGUAAGGCUGUCCACAGUUCAGGGCACUGCUGCUUCAAAUGAUGAUUUCACUCCCCUUAAUUCUAUUCUUGUGSAUUUUGGAUUAAACGAAACGUUUAAAUGCAUAAACGUAUCUAUAAUUAAUGAUAAUAAACCAGAGCAUAUGGAGACAUUCUACAUAACCAUGACAAAAGGCUCAAGCUAUGUUACUGUGAAUGAGACCCGGAACAAGUUGACAGUAAACAUUAUGAACGAUGAUAAAGCUACAGCACAGUUUGAGGAAGAAUAUAGAGAAAUAGAAGAAAAUGAUGAAAAUAAAGUGAUCGAACUUGGUUGUGUGAUUGAACCACAAUCACAGAUUCCUUUAAGGAUUGGUUUUGAGAUAGAUGGCUUUUCUUCAACUGCGGUGGAUUCAGACUUCAUCAUUUACAACAAAAGUCUAACGUUCCCUCCUGAGGAGAAUAGGGUGUCACUUAAAAUCAAGAUUAUUCAUGACYGUGUAGCAGAAAGUCCUGAAAUACUGGUACUGCGUAUGAUAAGCCUAAACGAGAGCCUGGUGAUAAUCGGGAAAAAUAAAACRGCCAAAGUCAAAAUCAUCGACAAGUUUGAUAACGGUAAUGACCCUCUGUCCCUAAUGAACUUUGGGUUGCCUUGUUAUGACGUUAUUCCAAUGUUUUGAUAAGCAAAAUGUCAUAAAAAUUAAUGUCUGUAAUCUCCGUGUAUGUAUAAACGAAGUCGUCCACCCUCCUUUUUUAUUUCAUUUUUUGAAAAUACUUCGUAAUACCUAACUUUAGUGGAAAAAAUUUWAAAAUCUGACUAUGGGAUCAAAUCGAAACAAGACAAAAUUGACUCAGCACUUACAUUUAGAAAAUUUUUAAUUUACUCGCCGAAAUAAGACGAGCKUUUCUACAAAUUCCUUUACUUACUUUAUUUUGGACGUUAAAGCUCCGAAAUUAGCUUCUGGUUUGACCGAUUUGAUAUCAAUCAAGCCGUGGAACUUAACGCAAAUAAACAGUGUUGCGUUAUGCAUGUCACACUACUUAAUUUUAUCUUAGCUUGCCACGACCCGACAAUAAGAAAUUGCCCAAACUUGCCCGCGAUAAAUGAACCCGAUGGAAGAGGUUAUGUCAGUAUUUCACUCAUAAAACAUUCAYUUGCUCACUCAAAUAAGCCAACUUUUUCUACGAAUUUCCUUAGAAAUAUCAUUCAGCUUGUCUCUAUUCCCCAUUCCGAAAUUCAAAGGAAGACUGGUGCCGAAUC